UCAGUGUAUAUAGAGAAAAGGAACCCGAACCCGUCCGAAAUGUGCCUCUUCUCGACAACACAACAGUGACUUUCGCAAUUUCGCAUUGAAGCUCCAGAUCAAAUGACAACCGUACGAUCAACUUCAACCUUCAUCAUCUUCUUCUUAAUUCUCCUCGUUUCCCCUUUCCAAUCACAAUCACUCUCAUUCUCUUCCUAUUUCCGUUACCGAAACCUCUUAUCCCUAUCACACUCCAUUUUCACCGGCGUCGGAAACCUCCGUGAAAAACGCGGUGACAUUGCCGGCGCCAACAGAGCUAGGAAAAUCGCCAACAGUUUGGAGAAGGUUACUGGAUUUGGAUUCUUGAAGCUUCUGUGGUCUGCUUGGUCUUGGAAUUGGAUGUGGAAGGAACUUCCUGUAACGGAGCUCUAUGGUGCUGUUUCUGAUAUCAACGAGUUUCUUAGAGGUUUGAAUGAGUUGACUCGGUUGGAUUCGGUUUCUGAAAGGGCGGUUUGGCUUACUAGAAAUUACCAAAAUCUCCUCACCGUUACUAAAUCGCUUUUUAGUAAACUCCUCAAAGUGUUUGGUCGGUCGGAAACGGUGAGGGAGGUAAUGGAGACGUUGCGAAUAGAGGUGGUGGAAGGCGGGUUAAUCAGAGAUUGCCUUUUACUUGGUGGCAAUGAUUUCAAGGAUUUGAUUAAAGUUGCCAAGGAUUUGCUGUUAAAUUUUUUACCUGUGACUGAUAAAGACCCUGAGCUAUAAUUAGUAUACCUGCUUUUUGGUAGAUUUUGGGAGCUAUAAUGCAGUGGUGGUAUCAUUACUGUCCUAAUCACUUAAUUGUAAUGGUUGUAUGAGAAAAAUUGUAAAUGUCAAGGUUUGUUUGAGAGAAGAUUUGUUUAUUUAA